GAGGAAUACUUAUGAGUUUGCGUGCACGCGGCCCCUUUAAAUAUUCGGAGACAUUGUACACACCAUGACACCCACGUGCCGAUCAGUGCCUUCCAAAAAUCUUUAUUGUUUGUGAUGGCUGCAUCAAGCGGUUCUUGUUACCUGGGAUUUGAUUUCAGCACCCAGCAGUUAAAAGUUGUAGCCAUCGACGAAAACCUUGACUUGAUUCACCAGAACAAUGUGCAGUUUGACAUUGAACUGCCAGAAUUCAGGACCCAGGGAGGGGUGCAUAUACAUGCUGAUAGGCUGACUGUUACUUCACCAGUACUCAUGUGGGUUAAGGCCCUCGACAUGACCCUUGACAAAAUGAAAGCGACUGGCUUUGACUUCUCCUGCGUGCGGGCCCUCUCUGGAAGUGGGCAGCAACACGGUAGUGUCUACUGGAAAAAAGGAGCCUGUCAAGCACUCAGACAUCUUGAUCCAGAGAAGACACUGCACCAACUCCUCCAGGGUCAGUUUGCUGUUCAGGACAGUCCAAUAUGGAUGGAUUCCAGCACGUCGGCUCAGUGUUCGCACCUGGAGGAGUCUGUAGGGUGUGCUCAAACCUUGGCUGAUAUCACCGGCUCCCGGGCAUAUGAGCGUUUCACUGGAAAUCAGAUUGCAAAGAUUCAUCAGUCAAAGCCUGAUGUUUACACUGAAACAGAGAGGAUCUCGCUCGUCAGCAGCUUUGGUGCCUCCAUAUUUCUGGGUGAUUAUGCAGCAGUUGAUUUCAGUGACGGUUCCGGGAUGAACUUAAUGGACAUAUUCUCAAAGCAGUGGUCGCCACCCUGUCUUCAGGCCACAGCUCCUGGUUUAGAAGCCAAACUAGGUGCUCCAGUCCCAUCCACUGCCGUCCUGGGUGACGUGUCAUCUUACUUUGUGAAGAGAUAUGGCUUUCCUAAGGACUGCAAAGUGGUGGCCUUUACAGGAGAUAACCCAGGGUCCCUUGCAGGAAUGAGGCUCCAGGAAGGUGAUCUAGCGGUCAGUUUGGGCACUAGUGAUACAGUCUUCCUCUGGAUCAAGGAACCCAAGCCCACCGUAGAGGGCCACAUCUUCUGCAACCCAGUGGACUGCCAGGCCUACAUGGCUUUGAUAUGCUUCAAGAACGGCUCUCUCACCCGAGAGAGGAUCCGCGACGCCUGCGCUGGGGGCACCUGGGACGCCUUCUCCAGGUCCCUGAGGUCCACCCCCAUGGGAAAUCAAGGCAACCUAGGCAUCUACUUCGACGCCAUGGAGAUUACACCUCCUGCUGUGGGGACUUACAGGCUCAACAAGGAAGAUCAAGCAGUCGAGGCCUUCACACAGGAGGAAGAGAUCCGAGCCCUGGUCGAGGGACAGUUCCUGGCAAAGAGGGUCCAUGCCGAAAAACUGGGCUACAAAAUCCUACCUGGUACCAGGGUCCUGGCCACUGGUGGGGCAUCUUCCAAUGUGGACAUUCUCCAGGUGCUGUCUGAUGUGUUCAAUGCACCGGUGUACACCAUCGACGUGGCCAACUCUGCCUGCCUGGGCUGCGCCUACAGAGCUCUGCAUGGGCUGGUCUCCGAGGCUGGGGAAGCAUUCCAGGAAGCUGUCCGUAAUGCCCCGGAACCACAGCUGGCUGUGAACCCGACCCCAGGGGCCGAAGAGGUUUAUGAGUCACUGCUGAGAAGAUAUGCCGCGCUGGAGGAGAGGAUUCUGGGGGAGACCACGCCGUGAUGGGAUUCAGCACUCCCAGGAGCUCAUAUUGCAGAUUGAGGACUUGUUUGCCAACCGCCUGUGAUGCCACAAGUGGACCAGGAGCCUUGGAUACAGUGACCUACACACACAACCACACAUUGUUUAUCAUGUGACUUUGGCAGAACGUGCAUGGUGCAAAAGAGACACUUUCACCGCAUUGACUUGUCAGAGUGUAGAUGCACUACUUCAAGGGCAACUUUGGGAUUUUUCAUCUUGUUAUUAAUCGGUCCAUCCUAUGAGGCAACCAGCAUGUCAAAGUAAACCACCAAGGGUCUGACAACAUGAGAAGGCUUACUUUGACUUUGUCCUUUGUCUUUGUCCAUUGAGGUAAACAGAUAUAUAUCUAUCUCUCAUGUUGUCAGACACUUAUAAUAACAUUAUGAGCCUGUUAUUGGCAUAAACAAGCAUUUGACUUUGACCCAGAUGCCUGCCCAAUUUGGAUUUCAUUGUAUUGGCGAUUUGCAGUGGCCGGUUAUAGCAUUCUAACUCAAUACUGGACCAAGUAAACCUUUUACCUAGUAAAGCUUUGGCCCUGAAAAGAUGGGGACAAUACAGAAAUGUCCCUUUAAAGGGACCAACACUUCGAUUCCGGCCAAUCGAGGACCAGUUGUAGAUAGCCACCGGAUUAAACUUUUCAACCUGCUUCAUACAUGUCUUGAGAUACAAAAAUACACACACUAUGGCAAGUGCUGAAUGAUGACUGAGCCAAUCACAAAAGAGCUAGUAUCUUCGGCAUCAUUUGGUGAAUUUGGAGACGGACCCGGCACAGUUUGGCUCACCAAGGAGAGGGUCCAAAAUGAGCUCGGCACAGUUUGACACCUUUCAACUCGUAAUGGGAAUGCAAAUUAGCUCCAAACAGUCCGUCGCUGUUGUUGUUCCGUAUCAACACAAAAAAUUAUGCAUAUCUUUUGUUAUCAAGUCAUUUUGGAUGAGGUCCACUUAAUAUUUCAAACCUUUGCCGAGGUGUAUUCCAUAGGGAAAGGUAUAAACUGAGGAAAUGAUGAGAUAGUAAGUCAUCUUAUUCAAAAUCUAGAAGCUCUUAAAGUUACCAUAUAUUUCUAAAUAUACAGAACACUAUGUUGUUUGCAAGUUAUAUACCCUGCUGAAUCAAACUAUGCUGUAGUGACAAUAGAAAAUGAUUUAAAUCAAAAUAUAAAUACAUCAAUAUAUGUAAGUGAAAUGGUUAGUUCCUCUUUUGGAGAUAGAAAACACUAUUUUCGUGUUAUUAUUAUUGAUUUGCAAAUAACUUUUGUCAAAUUUAAAAACAAUGAUAAUUUUGUAUUUAGGAAAAGCAAUAUUUGUUAAUUCUCACUCCAGCACAGUGGUCCCUUUAAAUCUGACUGAACAUUUCUGUUUAUUGAUCUGUGUGCUCUUUUGUAAUUAUUUUAGCAAGGAUUUCCUCAUCAGCUGCAAGUAGUUUGUCUGGCCCUCUAGUUGCUGUCAUUGGGAUAUUAAUGGUAUACAGUAUGUUCUUCGCCGGUACCCAACACAUACCAUCCCUGCCUGGCCAAGAAUACGAUCUUGUUGGGCAUUUUGAAUGCAUACAUUUGAUUUGAACAGCCCUUUGAGUUGUCAAUUUCCUCUAUCAGUCCAAACCAGUAAAACAUCUUCAUGCAUACAGAUCGUAAAGGUAUUUAGUGAGGGGCUAAUGGUUUGGAAGAGGAGGAGGUAUCUGCAGAAGAAGAUGGGGAGGAAUACAACCCAGAGCAUGAUGCAUCUUCUUCAGAUGAUGAUGAAGAAAUCCCCCAAGCUGAAAGAGAGACAUUUUUGUCAAAGAACAGAAAAAUAGCCUGGUCUUUGUCACCAUGUGACAACCGGGGCAGGAUGGCAGCACCAAAUGUCCUAACAGAUUACCCCAGUGGACCAUGCCCAGGACAACGCUUCAACAUUCUACAGGUUCAUCACACCAGCCAUUGACAAAAUCAUCCUGGAAAUGACAAAUCUGGAGGAUGUGUAUAGGUCCCGAGGCGGGGCUACAUCUAGUUUCUGGGAUGCAGAGUGGAAGGCCGAUUUUCCGUGCAACGAUUCCACUGAAGUCUUUCACACUUUCAAGAAUGCUUUAAGUUGAUAACUGGGAGUCAAGACCUGCAAGACAUGUGGCAGACAAACUGGCAGCCAUUAGAGAGGUCUGGGAGAAGUGGGUGGAGCGUCUACCAAACCUCCACCUCAGUGACAGUGGAUGGGCAACGGAGCAAUGCCACUAAGGCUUCCAUUCAGAGGGACAUUUUUAUUUUCAUUCAUCUGUAAUGUAAGUGAUUUUCACUGGUAAAUAUGUUAUAUAUUGUUGUAAUUGUAUUGGUUUCUGUGAUUGUUUUCUGCGACACUGAUACUAAUAACUAAUGGUAAUCUUUUGUCAAAAGGUCGCUGUUCUUUUUGGCAGUGUAUGCCCAGGAAACCAGCAAAGUAUGACAUAAAAAUAUGGGUGGCCUCUGACGUACAAUCCAGUUACACUUACACCGGGAAGCCGACCAGUGGAGGCCCAGAGAAGAACCAGGGGAUGCGGGUUGUGCUUGAUGUGACUGAGGGGGUCACAAUGUCACGUGUGACCAUUUUUUACACCUCUUAUGAACCUGUCCAGCAGGUCCUGAAGAGUCAGAGAGACGUAGAAAGAACAAGCCUGAGCUCCCCCUUGCAUUCCUGUCUACAAGAAGGGAGAAAAGCUUUCUCAUCAAAGUACACACACACACACACACACAC